CCACGCCUUGACGUCAGUCGAGGAAGAGGUGACCCUUCGUGAGGUAGUCGCUGUCCUGUUCCCGGACCUGUACUCGCGCGUUUGUUGUUGUCGGGCGGCCAUGCGGUCGACGGAGAGAGUGUGGCUGCUGCUGGUGGUAAUAGUGGUUGUGCUGCUGCCGGAAGCCCUACCGGCGAAGUACGUCCCCAAGUGGAAGAAGCAGGCUUGCGAGAUCCCGGCUCGGCAGCACCCGGGCUCCCACUACACCUGCGAUGACAAUGGCGACGUCAAGUGCCUACCGGGCUGGACGGGGGAUCUGUGCGACGUCCCCGUGUGUCGACGGGGCUGCGACCCCCUGCAGGGCUACUGCAAGCGGCCGGGGGAAUGCCGCUGUAAACUAGGUUUCUACGGAGACCUGUGCAACAAAUGCAUCGCGCUGCCCGGUUGUCAGCACGGCUACUGCAACAACAGCUUCGAGUGCAACUGCGAGGAAGGCUGGGACGGUCUUUUCUGCUCGGAGCCGAUCUGCCGGUCCGACUGCCAUCAGACGCGAGGCUACUGCGAAAGUCCUGGCGAGUGCCGCUGUCGCCUCGGUUGGGCCGGUGAGACGUGCCGAGAGUGCCAGGUGCUCCCCGGCUGCCAGCACGGCUACUGCACCAAGCCGCUGGAGUGCCGCUGCAAGGAAGGCUGGACCGGCAUCCUCUGUCAGACGGCGAUUUGCGCCGAGAACUGUCACAAGGAGCGCGGCUACUGCAGGAGGCCCGGGGAGUGCAGGUGCAAGGUGGGAUGGUGGGGCACUAACUGCGACAAGUGCCACGCCUACCCGGGCUGCGUGCACGGCUCAUGCGCCCGUCCCUGGGAGUGCAACUGCGAGCCCGGCUGGGGAGGCAUGCUCUGCGAUCAGGAGCUCAUGUACUGCGUAAACAACCCUGAUACAUGUCAAAACGGAGGCACAUGCGUCAGCCUGGCGGAGGAGGACGGUGACUACCUCUGCGAGUGUCCGCAAGGUUUCCUCGGCAAGAACUGUGAGACAGCGAAGGUCAACAACUCAACCACACCCAGCCCACCCAAAAUGCCAACGACCUCGACAACAACUCAAAUCCCUCUCAGCUCCAGCACCCCGACCAGCACAUCUCCCACCAUCAAGGGCCAGAAUGUGAGCACCGCCGCGCCCGCGACGGCGGGAAUGCCCUCUGCUGUGGAGGCGGAGGCCGGUGCCACGCCCGAACCCAGUAACUCCACCACCACACUGGCAACGCCCGACAGCACUCACACCUCCCUGAGCACAUCUACGACCACCGCGCCAACCACCGCCGCCGGUCCUCUUCCGACCACUUUGCGGGGUUCGCUGUUGAAAGUAAAGCGAGUGUCGUCGACCAAGCUGCGAACACCACAUCCCGGCCACCAGCGGCCGUUACUGCACCACCAUCACCACCAUCUCCCUUUGGACCACAGUAAUGAGGCAUUUUGAUGUAUAAAUGAGAUGUGGAGGGAGGGGGGGGGAGGCAAGAUAAUAAUUGUACUGAAAUCAUUGAACAAAGCCAAAAAUGCUCAGGGAAGUCUCUCAGAACUGAUAUGUUUGAACUGUCUUGGAGGUAGUUCCAGCCCCCAACACAGUCCCAAAGGUGGUCGCAAUCACAGCUUAUUGUGGCGGUCCAC